UCUUUAUCCUUUAAAUAACCCCAUGGAUAAGGAGUGCCUCAGCUCUGGUCCCGGGCAUCCUUCAAUAUCCCAAUACUGAAACUGGUUUUGUUUUUUCAUUUUUCAACAAGAAUGUGUGGAAUUCUCACUGUGCCAAGCACUAUGCCAAGUACUUUACAUGCCUUAUCUCAGGUGUUGCUAGUCCUGUUCUUCAGAACAGGAAACCGAGACUCACAAGAGUUAAAGAACUUGCCAGAUGACACACAGCUAGAAAGCAGAGAAGCCAGAAUUCAGGUCCAUGUCUCUCCACUCUGCUUUCCCACUGUGCCUUCCACUUUCUUGGGAAGGCUUUUUCCCUUGUUCUUCAACUUGGGUUAGAGUAGCCUAUAAGUCUACUCAUGAAAAUGUGCCUCACUUUAUACAAAAUAUUACCCUCUGUGAAUGAUGUAAAAUCAUCCUGCAGUGAUAUUCUCCUUUCUCUCCACUCUCUCUAAACAGAGAAUCUUUUUGAUUUGGGUCUCUAAUAUUGGCAUGCGACUAUAAAUUAAGAUUUUUGUACAACGUUUCACAGAUGCUUUUACCCCAUUUAGUUUGUACUCCUUUUUUUCUUGGACGACUUAGUUAAAAAUUUUUUGGGGGUCAAACAUGGCAAUUUUAGCUUUUGAGGUUACCUAAUAAAUCACCAAUUUAUAGACUCAUAAAAAUUUGGUUGGAGAGAGAACUUCAGAGACCUGCUCACAGAACCUCAUCAUUGUAUGGGAAAGGGAGGCUGCCAGCAGCUGUGGUCACCCUGGGCUGUGCUCCAGGGACGAGGGAACCUCAGUUACUCCACCUAAAACUUGAGAUAACUUUACUACUUCUGAGGAAUCAUCCCGAAAGUUCACAAAUCAGGAAAAGAUAUCUGAAUGGGUGCUUUACAUUUUGAGAAACUAGGACUCAGACCAAAUGGCAGCUAAUUUUACUCCAGCCAUUUUUAGGAACAUCCCCAAAGACUCUGGUGCCACCAGCCUGCCACCUGCAAUGUGGUGGCUGGCAGGGGUGGCUCAGGCAAGGCAGCCUCUCUGACUAGGUCCCUGCCGAUUGUGAAUUAGGAGAGGGCCGUUAGGCUGCAGACUGGCCUCCGGGUGUUUGAAAGCCUAUUGUCCCAGGGUCACAUUUCUUUCUCUUUUUUGGACAGGGAGUCUCACUGUGUCACCCAGGCUGAAGUACAGGGGUGCGAUCUCGGCUCACUGCAAUCUCCACCUCCCAAGUUCAAGAGAUUCUCCUGCCUUAGCCUCCCCUGUAGCUGGGAUUAUAGGCAUGUGCCACCACACCUGGCUAACAUUUUGUAUUUUUAGUAGAGAUGGGGUUUCGCCAUGUUGGCCAGUCUGGUCUUGAACUCCUGACCUCAGGUAAUCUCCUUGCCUCAGCCCCCCAAAGUGCUGGGAUUACAGGUGUGAACCACUGAACCUGGCCCCUUGGUCAUAUUUCUGCAAGUCCUUCUCUGCCCUUCUCAGACAUGCAAGGGAAAGUCAGGAGAAGGUGAGAAGGAGGUUUAAAGGAACAGGUGAAAAAGUACCAAAAUGGAGAGGGUGGGUGUCACUUGUGAGUGAGGCUGGCUUCCAGCGCCACACAGCUUAAAAGAUUGUCAGUGAUGUGUGGACAAGGCGUGGCUCUGGUAGUUAAAAAAAAAAAAAAUCAAUUCUUUACUUGCAUCCCAAGCUCUUAUUUUGGGAGAAUAAACUCCAAAUAGUAUCUCCUAAGGGAGGUUGAUAAAUAUUUGACCAUUAACUGUAGACCAAUGUCUCCCUCAAAAUGCGAUAAAUGAAAAAUCUAACACUCUCCUUUUUUUCCUGUUCCUUGCUUUUAUCCUACCGAUUUUGUUAACGUAGUGUGGACUGAGGAUGGGUCAGCUUGUGGCUGAGCUUUCUGCCUUCCUGUUUGUAACUGAAUUUUUCCAAUUAAAAAACAUCCCCUUUGUUCUGGCAUUGUUGGAUACAUUAUUCCAAUAUUUUUAACAAUGAGGCUGUUCUCAUUUCACACCGAACAGCACACAGUGAAGACGGUCAGUGAGAACCAGAGCUACUGUGAAAAUUGACAGUGGCCAGCUCAGGCGACAGAGGACAAGAGAGUGGGCUGCACCCACAUGGACGAGGCCGAUUUUUCACAAGACAUGACUUAUAAGCAGGAGGAUUUGCCUUAUGAUGGGGACCUCUCCCAGAUUAAGAUACGUAAUGAUUACAAUUUUACCUCAAAAAAGGAUGCCCUUGAAGUUUCAAAUCAAAUUAUUUUCAUAGCAGAUGACCCUCAAGAGAAGGCUAUGCAUAACGAGACUUGCAGAAAUACCGUUAUGACCAUGCCCCUGGGUAAAAUGACUGGAAAUGCUGCCAAUGAGAAAAGCGAGGAAGAGAAACAAUGCACUGCAACUCCUCAUAUUCCAGCUAAGGAAGGAGACGCCUCUAAGUCAAGCAUUUCAGAUAUUUUACUCCGUCAUCUUUCCAAAGAGCCGUUCUUAAGAGGUCGAGGCAUAGAUUGUGAAACCCUCCCAGAGAUCUCAAAUGCUGACAGUUUUGAAGAGGAAGCUAUUAUUAAAAAUAUGAUUUCAUGUUAUAUUAAGAAUUCAUGGCCAAAAGAACAAACCCCAGAACUCACUGACCAACUCAAGCCCCAAAGGGAUGGUGAAAGCGAUAAGCCCAGUUUUCCCACCAUGACAGAAGAAAAUACCUCUGAAUUACAUGAGCCAGUGGCUGCUGAAGAUAGCAGCCGUCAAGAAAAUGUAAAUAUUUUAACUAAAAUCAAGGGUCCAGGUGAUAAACAAAACAGUUAUCAAGGGCAGGUUCCCCAGAAACAGCAGACUGAAAAAGCAAGUUCGGGCAACACGUUCAAAUAUGGCCAAGGUCAAGUUCAUUACCAGCUGGCUGAUUUCUCUAAGAUUGCUCCCAAAGUGAAAAUUCCUAAAACUAAAAUAGUUGAUAACCCACUUGCAAUAGCUAAACAAGCCAGCUCUUCUUCCAAGUUGAGAGACAAACCUGCUCUUGGGCAAGAUAUUUUAGAAACCACACGUGAGCCACCCUGUGCUGAAAAACAUCAUCAAGAGCAGAAAAGGGAAAUCACUGAAACUUCACAACAAAUCCAGAUGGAGCCUACAGUACAAAUCCACCAAGAACUUCUCAAAGGAAUAGAAUCUGAGGCGAGUCUCUCUAAGCUGUCACCAACCUCUCAGAAAGGCACUUCUUACAUAUUUCAAAAGUUAUCCCAAGGGAAACAGAUGCGUCAGAAGUUAAAAGAACAGACGGAUCCACUGAAGACUAAAAGACUGGAAUUUUUUUCACUGCGGGUACAAGAAUUUUCCAAAAGAAUAAAAAGGGGUUCUCCUUAUCAUUUGCAAGACAAGAAGCUGGUCCUGGAGAAACUGCAGGGACGUCUUGAACUGCUGGAGCAGAACUUUCUGGCCACCAAGGACAAGCAUCUGACUUUGCAGCAGCGAGUCCACAAGCACGAGUCAACAAUUGUUGGUGACUUUGAUCCGGAAAGAAAAAUGGAAGGUGAAAUCUUCAAGUUGGAGAUGCUACUUGAAGAUAUUAAGGAGAAAAUGGAUGAAAGCAGAUAUACUUCAGCUCCUUCUCUUCCUGUGAGUUUUCCAUUUCCCCUGGAUAACUUGGCCUCCAUGUCCUCUUCACUCUCAAAUGAGAUUCCCAAGGAGCACCCUGGCCACCAUCCUGGGCCUCAACGCUCAAGUCGGAGUGAGGCAACAGGAAUAGCCCAGGGAGGACCGCAGGAGGGCCCCAACGAGGAGCUCUGCGAGCUGCCCCCGCAGAUUUACCUAAAUGGUCAUUAUGGAGAUGCAGCUGCCCAGAAUCAGCCAGACCAAGUGGCCACUAGGCUGUCUUCUGACUCCAGGGAGGACCCCAAGGGCGGUUCGGGAAGGCAGGAACGUGCAGAGACGACGGCACCCAGUCCGAGCUGUACCUUCUGCCGCAGGCUCCUUGAAUGGAAGCAAAAAGUGGAGAAAAAAGGCCACAGAAGGAUCAACUGUGGAAGAUUUUCGAUUGUCCUUCAUGAAAAGGCACUGCACUCAGAUUCGACUCCCAAUUCUGAUAUAGGACACAGCUUCUGUUCUGAUUCUGGCACUGAAAUGCAGAGUAACAAAUGUCAGGACUGUGGCAGUAAGAUUCCUACCUCCCAAAGAGGCUGCAGGAAAGAACCACCUAAAGAAUUUCAUUAUAGAUAUAACACCCCAGGACAGAAUUACGCAAAUCAUAGCAAAAGAGGUACCUUUGUCCAGCCCCAUUCUUUAGAUGAAAGGAAGAACUCUUCUCCCUCUUUUUUAAAGCCAAAACGGAUCUGUUCUCAGAGAGUGAAUUCAAAAUCCUGUAAAGGUGAACAUGAGCCCACCCCAGGAAAAAAAAAUCUUCACGCUUUCAGGACCUACAGCUCAGACCUUGCAACACCCUCGCCCCAUUUCUACUCCUGCAGGAAUUCUGGAAGCAAAUCCUUAGAUGACUUUGAUAGCACUGAAGAAACAGAAUCUAAGAAUCUAAACUCGGCUUUGGAUCAUGCCCUAAGGACAGCAACCAUUUUGAAAGAAACUACAGAUCAAAUGAUUAAAAUGAUUGCAGAAGACCUUGCUAAAGCACAGAGGUGGAGGAAUCGGCUGAAAUACUAGUUCAAUGCCAGGAAAAAGAAAAAAAUGCAAAGAAAACUUGAUCUUCCCCCAAAAUGUAUUUUGCUUACUGCACAAUUUAGGGAAAGAACUUUCUAGAGAAAACACAAAAACUGUAAGAAAUGUGUAACACAAAGUACUUACAAGGAAAAAGAAAAAAAGAAGGGAUUUCUGAUUCUUAAAAUCAAAAGCAGUAAACAAGGACUUAUUUUUAAUAAAUCUAGAAAAAAAGAAAGGACUUCUGAUUCUUAAAAUCAAAAGUAGCCAACAGGUAUUUAUUUUAAAAUAAAUCUAUGUUCUUCCUAACUCAUAAUAAAAGAAAUCAAA